ACUACUAUUGGUUUGGCAGUAGUCGGAUCUGGCGUAUUCUUCUGUUAUUUUGCUCUCAGGAAGCUUGUAUUUGAUACAGCUGUGAUUUAUAUGACUCGCGAGAUGACUACAGCAUACUAUUAGCUCGUUUGACUGGGUAUAUUGCGGCCUGUUGCAUGGUAAUAGAAGAUUUAAGUGCUGCGCCAGAAUUGCCCCAGUGCGAAUGGUGUGGCGCCGCGGGGGAUGGUGAUCAGCAGGGUGGAGCGCCGGCACGCUGGCGGCGGCAGCGGCAAGACGCUGUCGCCCCAGGAGCUGUCCGACUGCGACGACAUCGCCACCGCGCUCACCGUCGACCCCUACCUGGGCUUCAACACGCACAAGAUGUGCAUCAGGUACCGGCCGCCGCGCUGCAACAAGGACGUGCUGCGCAACAUGAUCUUCUCGUUCAUCAAGGACCAGAACUACGAGGAGACGUACGAGCGGCUGGAGCGCUCCGAGGCCAUGCACCAGCUGAUGGCCUUCUAUAAGCACCGGGUCAACCGGGACGACCUGCGGGACCACAUAAUGCGCUUUCUGGGCGUGCUGGACGUGGAGUCCGGGAUCUCGAUCAUGGGCUGCAGCCGGUACUCGCUGGAGGAUAACGCCGGCGCCCGGGUCUGCUCCACCAAGGCGUGGGGCCGGAACGAGGAAAUCCAGUUUUUAGUGGGUUGCAUUGCUGAACUUUCGGAGGAAGAAGAGAACCACUUUCUUCACCCGGGCAAGAACGAUUUCUCAGUCAUGUACAGCACGAGGAAGAAAUGCGGCCAGCUUUGGCUCGGCCCGGCGGCCUACAUCAACCACGACUGCAAUGCCAACUGCACGUUCGUGGCCACUGGCAGGAACACGGCGACGGUGCGCACCCUGCGCGAGAUCGAACCCGGCGACGAGGUUACCUGCAACUACGGCGGCGACUUCUUCGGCUGA